ACGAGCAUAUUUAUUCAUAUUAAGGUAGAAAGCGAAUUACUCUGCUGAAAAGUAGACUGGCAAAUACUGUUAAAUGAUAUUAUACCUUUGAUUAAUUUUCUGGGAUUGUUUGAAGAAAAGUUUGUGCAAACAAUAAUAGGUUGACUAUUUGUCCUGUCAUGAACUGGGAAUUUCUUUCCUUAGUUUCUGUCUUAAUUCUUGUCUCCAGUACCUUUAAAACUUGGAGUGAAGCAAAAAAUGAAACUAUCAUUAAAGUACCGUAUAAGAAUGAACAAUCUGUAUGGACAUGGUCUUGGACCAAUCAGUGGACUACGAGAAAUGAUGAAGAUGGUAAAGCGCUUUUUUAUGUUUGUGACAAAACUCCACACGGUGAYCCAAACAAGUGGAUCAGAAGCAAUAAGUUCCUGGUUGGCGAUGCAAAAAGAAUUGAUGUCACUGUUAAAUAUGGUGUUAUCAAAUGCUCUAGUUUGCCCUUAAUCCAGCAAUGCAAAGAAAAGUUAAAACUUCAUGUCUUUAAGACUGCAGAACAUCAUACGCUUACAACAAAUAAAGUCCCAGAACCUUGGAAAAAUCCUGAAGUAUAUCAUAUAUUCGGAACAUUAUCUCCAGCAAACCUGUCAUCUGGCGGUUUCUUGAGAAGUUUUACCAAUACCGAGACGCAUUCGUUUUUUACAAAUUCUUCAACGCCAUACCAUUAUUUUGCUGUACAAUAUCAAGGAGGAUGCUUUGAGUUGUACAGUGUUACCAUCAGUUAUUCGGUCUGUCCAUCAUUAUUUCUUCCAAUCUUAUUACCAAGAACUGUAGCCCCAGUUAACGGUGCACAAGUUCAAGUGCAAGGAUCAUGUUCCAAGAAUGCUGAGCCAGCAGAUAAGAACGUUCCCAUAUAUGGACACUGUCAAGCGAACGGUGAAUGGAGUGGUACUGCAAUGAGUGGCAAGUGUUUGUGCAAAUCUGGUUAUGGAAAGUACUUGAAUGGAUCUGAUGCAGUUUGCAAAGAUUGUCCACAUGGCACCUUUCAAGAUACACCGAGUGAAAGUGCAUGCAAAGCCUGCCCACUAAACAGUGUACAAGAUUUGAAUAGAAUGAGGUGUAAUUGCGCUUCUUCCUUCUACAGAACAAAGGACCAAACGAUAUUUGACAAUUGCGAUGCACAGCCUUCUGCUCCCAGAGAUUUCAGAGCAACAUUUCUGAACGCAACCACAGCUAUUAUACAAUGGAAGACACCUUCCAAUCUUGGUGGACGGAAAGACAUGUACUAUGAACUGCAGUGUCAAAAGUGUGACAAUGAAGGCAAAAACUGCAGCUUAAAGUGCGCCACAGCAAAGAUUACCCAUUCUCCAAGACACAGUAGCAAAGCCACCGUAAAGCACCUCUCUGCCUACGCGUAUUACCAGUUCAAAGUGUUUGCAAAAAAUGGAGUAACCCAUUUAGCAGAAAAGAAUGGCGAAAAACCAAAGUAUGCAGUAGUUACAAAAAGAACAGGAGAAUCAGUUCCCGGUUCACCUGUUUUGAAAAUUGUAUUUAUGAGCCCCACCUCUGUGCUUUUAAGUUGGACCUUGACAGAGAAAAAUGGCGAAAUAACUUACUACCAAGUCAUCUAUUAUCCUGUUAAAGAUAAGUCAAGUAGAUAUAUCUUCAACACAUCUGAAAACAGUCUCACAAUUAAUGGACUGGACAAAGGAACGGAAUACCACUUCGAGGUACGUGCUGCAACCAAACUUGGGGUAGGAUCUGUCGGCAGUACGCAGAUAGCCAUAACUAAAGGGAAAGGUGGUGAUACCAACAUUCCAACCAACGGUGCAACCAAUACAAUUGUAGCAGUCCUUGCAUCAAUAGUCGUUGUUGGUUUAUUAACCAUCGUCGUUUUUAUCCUGAGGAAGAGAAGAGUGCUCCAUCCUUCUGAAGAGACAGUAAGAUAUGUUCCUGGCAACAGGGCACAUAACACGGAUAUCAGUCCAGCUGACCCAUCUGAAGAAUUCACAGAUCAAGUAGCUAUAAACGACCCUGAAGAAACCUCAAUUCCAAGAAAUGAGAGUAACGUGCCGUAUCACAUACCAGAUUUGGAUGUAUCUGAAGAAUCCACAGAACAAGCAGCUGUUCCAGCAAACCAUUUUGAAGAAACCACAAAUCCGACAAAUGAGCAGAACAUGGCACAUGUUCCCUCAGACACCAGGCUAAAUAACGUAACGGAAGAACCCACAAAUCAAGUAGCUAUUCCAGUGAGUCGUUCUCAAACCACAAAUCCGACAAAUGAGCAUAAUGCAUCCGACCUUCACGACCCCAUCUGGGAAGUUCCAAGGGAAAACCUGACAUUGGAAAAUAGACUUGGUGAAGGGCACUUUGGUUUUGUUCAUAAAGCGAGGGCUAUUGGUUUGCGUGGAUGCCCUGGGCAGGUGAUAGUCGCUGUGAAGACUCUUAAAGAUAAUGCAGAUGAGAUACAAAURAAGAUAGGCAAAAGAGACUUCCUGAACGAACUUAAACUGAUGAAGAAACUAGAACCCCACCCUCAUGUUGUGAAACUAUUAGGUUGCUGUACAAGACCUGGUGAGCCAAUGUGCAUUAUUCUCGAGUAUCACGAAAAUGGAGAUCUCCUUGGAUACUUGAAACGACUCCGUAAUAGUGUGACAUCACAAGAUUUGAUACACUUUGCUUGGAUGACAGCUGAUGGCAUGAGUUUCUUAGCGGAUAAAAUGAUUAUACAUCGUGAUCUUGCUGCUCGUAAUAUUCUUGUUGGUGAAAAUAAAAUCUGCAAGAUAUCAGAUCUUGGACUUGCAAGGGAAAUAAGAGUCGAUACAAUCUACGUUAAAAAAACCGAAGAAGCUAUGUUACCGACCAGAUGGAUGCCACCAGAGUCAAUUUUAGAAAAUAAGUCCUCCAUUGCUAGCGAUGUGUGGUCAUAUGGUAUUGUAUUGUGGGAAAUCUUUACUUUAGGUGUUAACGACAUACCUUAUCCUACAAUGAGUUUCGAAGUCUUAAGAGAAAAACUUMAGAGAAAAGAAGGCUACAGAAUGCCAAAACCAGCCCAUAUAUCAGAGACUCUAUACUCAUUAAUGUUAAGAUGCUGGAAAAAAAAAMCCGAGGAGAGACCUUCUUUUAGAGAGAUAAGAAAGGAAAUCAGGACAUUCUACAAGGACGCCAAGAGUCACAUUAACCUUGAUAUAUUUGAUGAAGCUUCGCAAGUCAACGCCGAGGUCUGUUAGAGAUACAGGAUACAGGACUCUCU